AAAUCCUUUGUCUGCACACAUGGCUGUGACUGGUGACUCUCUGUUCUGUGUGGCAUCAGACAAGGAGCUACAGUGGGUGAUCCGGCUCUACAUAGUGGUUGCAGGACUUGUGGGAACUUCCCUCACCUACCUGGACAACAGCAUCAUGGUGUUCUGGAUCCUGGGCUCAGAUCUCACAUACACCAUUUUAUUUCCCCAACUGAUCUGCGUCCUCUUCAUUAGGGUUUCCAAUGGUUACGGGGCGAUCGCAGGCUACCUUGUUGCGGUGGUGAUGAGGCUGUUGUGUGGAGAGCCGUUGUUCGGCCUCCCUGUGAUCCUGCAGUUCCCAGGAUGCAUUUUAAAGGAUGGUGUUUACAUUCAGCGCUGGCCUGUCAAAACCAUUUGCAUGCUGUCUGCUCUGGUCUCCAUUCCCAUGGUCUCGUAUGUGGCCUCACUCCUGUUUAACAAGGGGAUCCUUCCUGAGAGGCUGGACGUGUUCAAGGUGAAAUCACAGGAAGCACCAGCAGAUGGAGCCAGAGAAGAAGAUGGAGAAAAACACUCAAAAUGGACAGAUGGAAGUUUCUUUUUUGGCUAACCGGAGGGUCAACUUGGCAGUGGGAGUCUUCACAAUGACGGGUGAGUUUUGGUCGAGCAGAUAAGUUAAAAACGUUAUGUCUAAAACUAUGAUUCUUAACAAUACUCUUCAUAUUAUGCAGCCACAUGGGUCGGAGGUGCCUUCAUCAUUGGAGUUGCAGAGACGGUUUAUGACCCCACAAAAGGACUAAUCUUUUUCCUCUGCAAAUGUCAGUUUCCUUCAUUAUCGGUGGACUGUUCUUUGCGAAGCCAAUGCGGACUAUGAUGGAUCCAUUCCAGAGAAAGUACGGAAAAACCCUGACUGCUCUUCUUGCCAUUGUUCCAUUUAUCAGUGAAAUGAUGUGGGUGCCAGUCACACUGACUUCUCUGGGUAAUAAAAAAAAAAAAAAGCUAAUUUGUACAUUUUCCUCCAGAAGUUUUAUACAAAUGUGAUAAGAAUUUAGAUGUUUAUAGUGACAUCACUCAAACAGCAUCCAACCACACAUAUCAGGCCUCCUGGCUUGGUCGCCUUGAAUCUGAUGAAGUGUGGAAAUGGGUGGAUAACUUCCUAGCCAUGAUAAGAUAAACAUUUGCAUAUUCACAAAUAUAUAGAACAUUAUAUAACUGUUCUUGAGGCUAUAAUGCUUUAUUUGUGAUUUAGUGGCUGGGUUGCUCAGUGAUUUCUCUAUUAUCUAAGACAGUAGUUCUGAACCUUUUUAAGUCGCAACCCCCAAUUUAAUAUGCAUGUUGUGCGCGACUCACACGCACAGUUUAGAUCAUGCAAAACAAAAAAAGACCAAAAAAAGAAACAAAAUGACCAAAAAAGACACAAAUUGACCACAAAAUGACCAAAAAGCCACAAAAUUACCAAAAAAGACAAAAGUACCAAAAAAGACACAAAAUUACCCCAAAUUACCAAAAAAAGACACAAUCACCAAAAAAAGACACAAAAUGACCUAAAAAGGACACAAAUUGACCACAAAUUGACCACAAAAUGAUCAAAAAAAGACCAAAAAAGAUACAAAAUGACACAAAAUGACCCAAAAAAGACACAAAAUGACCAAAAAGACACACUAUCACCAAAAAAGAUACAAAAUGACCCAAAAAAGACACACAAUGACCAAAAAAGACACAAAAUCACUAAAAGACACAAAAUCACCAAAAAAAGACACAAAAUCACAAAAAAAGACACAAUCACUAAAAAAGACACAAUAUUACCAAAAAGAAACAAAAUGACCCAAAAAAGAAACAAAAUGACCCAAAAAAGACACAAAAUGACCCAAAAAAGACACAAAAUUACCAAAAAAAGGAACAAAAUUACCAUUUUGUAUUAAUUUAUGUAGUACUCGCACUUUUCUUUGCUCUGUCUUUUACAGGGUGUCGUGCUGUGGUCCUGCUCGGUAUCACUCCUGCUGGUCUCACUGCUGUGGAUCUGGUUUGGCCCCAGAUGGGAACGCUCCUUGCCUGGUCCACUCUACACUCACCAUCACUACUGGACAAUGGUGGAGCUUCAUCACCUGCUACUGCCCCUCCCAGAACUGCUGCUCCUCUCUCUGUUACCAAUUUUCUGUUACCACAAAAUGAUCAAAAAAAGACACAAAAUCACAAAAAAAAGACAGUCACUAAAAAUAGACACAAAUACAUAUACUUCAAAGCAUCUGAAAAUGUAAAAACUCUCCCACGUAUGUGAAAGCACUUUGAAACACAGUUUUAAAGGUGCAAUAUAAAUAAAAGUAAUUUUUAAUAGAUAAUGAACUAAAUAUGACUCUUAAGUGUUCUCAGUACAUGCCAAAAACUAGUAGAAAAAGGUGGGAAAAAAUACAUAGAGUUUAUACCUUUCUUGUAGGCCUUGUAAUGCGAUUUUAUCACUAAAGGCUCAAUCGUAGCAAAACUAAACCAUCUUAAUAGCAUCCUAGAUAAG